AAAUCCUGGAAUUUAAAAUCCUGGACACGAAUCCAUAACAUGAUUCGACCUCAAAAUAGGAAGAAACAGAAUUUGAAGGCUCUUGACUCAAAUUCUUAAACAAGGGACACAGAACAAGAGAAUAAGAGAAGAGACGAAGCAACAACGAAGCCUAACCAAACCAAACCAGUACUAACCAAUGAGUAGAAGAAAAAAAUAAAAAAAUAAAAAAUAAAAAACCGGUAAAAGAAAGAGUCAUAGUGAAGCACAGGUCAGAUUGUUCUAUUCCUUGUAUCCUCUGACGCUCGCGCCUCACCGCACUCUCCCGCGGAUCCACCGUACGCGGAGGAUACCACCGCACCAGAUCUCUCUCUCUCUUUCUCUCGACGCUUCUCAGUUCUCACCAUGAACGAUUUCGAUGGUCUUUUAACCACCGAUUUCGGGUUCAAACCCCAAGGCAAAUCGGCGCCAAUGGCCGCAUCAAAAGCCUCAUCCAAAACUUCCUCUCUCAACUUCGAUUUAGGUUCCCGAUCCACUCGCGCCUCCAAUUCCUUCGCCGCCGCGGAUUCCUUCGACGAUCUCUUCGCCGCCCGCGCCAAACCGGACGCCUCCGUCAACUUGGACUCCGUCUUCCGCGACUCCAACGAUUUCCGGUCCAAGUCCGUCAGCUCGGCGGCGUACGACAAACCUGUCUACGACGACGACAUUUUCGACGGCGUUCCCGGCCUCAAGAGCUCCUCCAGUGUCUCCUACGACAACGUUUUCGCUCCGGGAGGGAGCGCCGCCUCGUUCGACGAUCUUCUCGGCGGGUUAGGUAAAUCGAAGAAGCCGGAGAAGGAGGAGAAAGGUGUCGCGGAUUUUGACGACUUGAUCCCUGGAUUCGGGAGCCGUAAGGCCUCCACUGAUAGGACCAUUCCUGAUAUUGAUUUGUCAUCAGAACCUACUGUCAAUGCUUCUAAAAAUGCCUCCAGUGCAGAAGAUCCUUUCAAAGUCUUUGAAUCAACUUCAGUCCCAAUGGAUUCAUCCUCGAGCUACUUUACAGAUCCAUUGGAAGAAAUGAGUAAUUUUACAAGUUCUAGAAGCACAAAAAAAGAUAGCAUUUCAAAUUCUAAUGGUGUAGUAUAUGAUGAUAUUGAUCCUUUUGGUGGACUUGGAAAUUCAGUUCCUGCAUUCUCAGCAGAGAGAAAUAGCAUGAAGGAUAGCAGCUCCCCAACACCAACGUCAAAUACAAGGUCAAGCUGGACAAGAGAUGAAGAAUCAAAUGAAAAAUCAUCUGUGAGGAGUCCUGAGAGACGAACACAAAGCAAGAUUCCUGUCGAUCAUGAUCAGGAAUUUCAGCAGGCUGCAUUUGACAUGCCUAUAUAUUCAUCUGAUUCUUACAAACCAGUUGGCCAAAGGUCUACUUCCCCUUCAUAUGACAAUGAUGGUUUUAAACAGGCUAAUAUUCAGGCAGAUAUGUCUCCUAAAUAUGAAGAAAAGUUUGAAUCAAAUGAUGAUAUAUGGCUGAUGGUAUCGGAGAUUCCUCUUUUCACUCAACCAACUGCUGCCCCACCACCUUCAAGACCACCUCCUCCUCGACCAGUACAUAUCCCAAAGUCGGGAGCGGGUUCAUCCGCUUCUGCCAAUGUCAGAAAGAAGGAUAAUGAAUUUUCUUCUUUUCCAAGUUCCACUCAAUUUUCUCAGGGCCCUAAAUCUGCUCCUGCUGCAGCCAAGUUAUCUUCUGCAUCUCAGUUUGAUGAACUUGAAGAUUUUGCCACGGGCAGGAAUCGUGGUAAUGACGAUGAACAUGGAAAUGGUCUUUCUGACGAAGAAUUAGAGAUGAACUCGGCUGCUGCAGCUAUGAAAGAGGCUAUGGAUAGAGCUGAAGCUAAAUUUAGGCAUGCAAAGGAAGUUAGGGGGAGAGAGAAUACAAAAGCUGCUAAAAGCAAGGAAUCUGUGCAGUUGGAAAAGGAUGGCAGAUCUGUGUCAGAGGAUAGAGAAAAACAAGAAAGGUUAGACCAUGAACAACAGCAAAAGGAGAGAGAGGAAAAGGAACAAAGAAGACGUGAGAGGGAAAGGGAGGAGAAGGUAAGAGAGCAACAAAGACUUGAGAGAGAAAUGGCAAGACAUGCUGUAGAAAGAGCUACUAGAGAAGCACGUGAAAGAGCAGCUGCUGAAGCUCGCCAAAGAGCUGAGAGGGCUGCUGUUGAGAAAGCUAAUGCAGAAGCUAGAAAGCGUGCUGAAAGGGCUGCAGUUCAGAGGGCACAAGCUGAAGCUCGUGAAAGGGCUGCUGCUGAGGCAAAGGAAAGGGCUGAAAAAGCUGCUGCAGAGGCAAAAGAGAGAGAAGUGCGGGAAAGAGCUGCAGCUGCAAGAGCGGAACCUGAAGCAAGAGUCAAAGCAGAACGUGCUGCAGUAGAAAGGGCUGCUGCAGAGGCCCGAGAAAGAGCUGCAGCACAGGCCCGAGAAAGAGCUGCAGCUGCUGCAAGGAUGAACCAGCCACAGAAUGACAAUGAUCUUGAAUCAUUCUUCAGCACGGGAGCACGAGCUAACAGUGCUCCAAGGCCUCCUAGACCCAGCACUUCAGAUUCUCCAAAUGUGUCUUCAAGCAUGAAGAAAGCAUCUUCAUCCACUAAUAUUGUUGAUGAUCUUUCCUCAAUUUUUGGAGCUGCUCCAUCAUCAUCUGGAGAUUUUCAGGAUGUUGAAGGGGAAAGUGAAGAAAGACGAAGAGCAAGGUUGGAACGCCACCAGAGGGCUCAAGAGCGUGCGGCUAAAGCAUUGGCUGAGAAGAAUCAACGGGACCUACAAAGUCAAAGAGAGCAAGCUGAGAGACAUAGGGUUGCUGAAACAUUGGAUUUUGAAAUUAAACGCUGGGCUGCAGGAAAAGAGGGGAAUUUGCGUGCUUUGCUUUCCACCUUACAAUAUGUUCUGUGGCCUGAAUGUGGUUGGCAGCCAGUUUCUUUGACUGAUUUGAUUACUGCUGCUGCUGUUAAAAAGGUUUAUAGGAAGGCUACAUUAUGCAUUCAUCCUGAUAAAGUACAACAGAAGGGAGCCAAUAUUCAACAGAAAUAUAUUGCUGAGAAGGUUUUCGAUCUACUAAAGGAAGCAUGGAAUAAGUUCAAUUCAGAGGAGCUUUUCUAAUCUCAGAGGAACUUAACUACUUGAAGGUAGUUUUGCGUUGCUCAUUCUGUUGAGAGGGAACCACACAGCUGUCUCCCCCAUUGCAUAUAUUUGUUUCGAUUAAAGUUCUGUUGCAUCGAUGAUAAAAAAAAUGAUUUCUUGUGUGGAGUCAAGAUGCCCAAAGGUUACCCCCUAAGAAGUAAUCUUCGGUGUUAUCGAUGUUAUUCCCGGGGGGUGUUGGGUUUAUACCAAUGCCUAAUGAAUGCAAUGUUUUGUUGUAAAAUAUCUUUUUUGUGGAGUUGUCAAUUCAAUUCAUUAUUUCUGUCGAGUGAGAGCUCAUGAGCAGUCUGUUUCUUUGGUCGUUUUUCCAAUUUUAUUACUUGUGAUAUAGUAUAUAGUCUCCUGAAUAUAUGUUAUUCCUUAUUGUGGAUUCAAAUCAGAACGUGGGAACAUUUCAUGGACCUCCUUCGCACGAGCUUCUGUAUUUUGUAAUAGCAGUUUUGAUUUCAAACACCAAAUAUAAAAUUGUUUGCCAUUUCUGGUUUUUAUUCUA